AUGGCGGAUAUCGAGAAACACGGCGAUGCCACUUCGCCCAUCGAGCACGCGGCCAUUGGCGCCCAUGCCGUUGAUCUAGACGGCGCAGACGCGGCAGAACUCGCGAGGCUGGAGAAGAGUGUGGUGAGGAAACUGGACUGGAAUCUGGUUCCGUUGGUCUCGGGUCUUUAUCUUUUGGCCUUUCUCGAUCGCAGUAACAUUGGCAAUGCGAAAGUGGCGGGAAUGUCCAAGGAUCUCGAUUUGUCUAGUGGAGAGUAUCAAUGGCUCUUGACGAUCUUCUACAUCUCCUACAUCCUCUUCGCCUUCCUUAUCAUGUUCUGGAAAAUCUUCCCUCCUCACAUCUGGGCCGGGUUCGUGGUCCUAGGCUGGGGCGCAGUGAGUACCUGCCAAGCCGCCACAACCAGCUGGUCCGGGAUGAUGGUCUGUCGUUUCCUGCUUGGAGCCUUCGAGGAAGGAUAUGGACCUGGUAUUCCAUACCUUUUGAGUUUUUUCUACCUUCGACACGAACUGGGCUUCCGGACGGGGAUAUUUCUGGCUUGUGCGCCGCUCGCGACGUGCUUUGCGGGUGUGCUGGCCUAUGGCAUUACGUCCGGAAAGCAGGAGGCGAUUGCUAGCUAG